UUCAUGUCGUGACCAAGAUGCUUGCCAUCCCUCUGCUCUCGAUGAUAUAGUUACGUGUAAUGGUUUGGAUAUGUUGGCCGACAUCGCACUCCGAACGCAUGAUUAUAAUCUUCCAAAACAACAGAACUUACAUGACGACAGUGGUGAUUCCAUUGAGGUGGUAUCAGUAAUCACGUCGGGAUCUAAACCGACGUUUAACAUAUCUAAUAUUAAGUUGAGAGAAGCGGAUUUCAAUAAAAUAAGCAACGGUCAUUGGUUGGAUGACAUGCACAUAAAUUUUGCUUCAGGAUUAUUGCGCGAUAAUUAUCCUUCACUUCAAGGUUUCAUGUCUGUGCAAAAGGUAGUACAAUUAAUGUCCCAAUCUAUGAAAUUCAUUCAGCCCCUGUUUGUUAAUGGGAAUCAUUGGGUGGUAGUUUCGAACCUAUUUACAAGUCGAAGUAAUACGGUUAGACUUUAUGACAGUUUGCCAGGCUUAAAUCCCUAUAGUAACCUAUUACUUCAGGUUGCAUCCCUUCUCAAAACAGAGCAUUCUAAUGUUGUUAUAGAGUUGGUCGAAAUGCAUCGGCAGGUUGGAGGCAGUGAUUGUGGAGUAUAUGCAAUUGCUUCUAUGGUUGCCCUUUGUAACUCUAUAGAGCCCAGUACCAUACAGUGGAAUCAACAAAUGAUGAGAUCCCAUUUGGUGGCAUGUUUCAGAGAUAGAAAAAUGGAAAUGUUUCCUAUUUAUCGUAAAAGACGCGUCCAAAAACAAGUACGGCAUACAUGGUCCACUCCAGUGUUUUGCACCUGUAGGUUACCGGAUACGCCUGGCCAAGUAAUGAUACAAUGUGAUUUUUGUCAUGAAAAGUUUCAUGGGGAUUGUGUUUCAGCCAGUAAUCGGGAAAACCUACAACAAUACAAAUGCGACACCUGCUCCGUAGUAUACUGCUAG